UGUGGUGGAAGUCGAAAAUUAAUAUGGGAUGGUAAAAAAAAGAUGAAUCUGCUGUGUGUUUGUCUCGAUCAUUAUCGUCAACAUGAUAAUAAUAAUAAAUUUGCAAUUAGACAAAGGAAUGCAAACAAUAGACAACAACAACAUCCUUUGAAAUCGAAUAAGAUGAGAGAUUAA